CCUAGGAAUUUUUUUAUGUCAAAUUAUGAAUCCCUCUCCCUCUGCAAAACCCAAAUACUAGAAAAAGCAGAACGCAACAGUGAAAUCGAGCGAAAAUGGCGUCUUCAUCAAGCAGUGGGCUCACAUUCAAGCUCCAUCCGCUGGUAAUUGUUAACAUAUCGGAUCACUACACGAGAGUGAAAUCUCAGACUCAACCUCCUCAUCUUAGUAGCAAUGGAGGCGAGGGAGCUGCGGCGGCCGCAUCGCCUCCGCCUCCUCCACCCAGGGUCUUUGGUUGCGUGAUUGGGGUCCAGAGAGGACGCACUGUUGAGAUCUUUAACAGUUUUGAACUUCUGUAUGAUCCAUCUACUCAUUCUCUCGACAGAUCCUUCCUUGAGAAGAAGCAAGAGCUCUAUAAGAAGGUCUUUCCGAACUUUUAUAUACUUGGAUGGUACUCCACCGGAAGUGAUGCCCAAGAAUCAGAUAUGCAUAUUCAUAAAGCUUUGAUGGAUAUUAAUGAAAGCCCUGUCUAUGUUCUUCUCAAUCCGUCAAUCAAUCAUGCACAAAAGGAUCUCCCUGUGACUAUCUAUGAAAGUGAGCUGCAUGUCAUAGAUGGGAUUCCACAGCUUAUUUUUGUUCGUGCAAACUAUACUAUUGAGACGGUAGAAGCAGAAAGGAUCUCAGUUGAUCAUGUUGCUCAUCUUAAACCAUCUGAUGGAGGUUCUGCUGCAACUCAAUUGGCUGCCCACCUCACGGGGAUACAUAGUGCCAUCAAGAUGCUAAAUAGCAGAAUCCGUGUUCUUCAUCAUUAUCUGCUUGCUAUGCAAAAAGGUGUAUGUCUUUUUUGUUUAUUUAGAAAUUUGAAUUUGUUCGAAGUAGUGGAAGAGAGGAUAGGAUUUUCUCUAAGAAAAAGCAUAGAGGAAAGAACUAAAUCCUCGGGGGAGAGGGGAACCCAAAGGAUACUGGUAAAUCAAAUAUCAAAGGAGGCUGCAAACAUUCCCAAGAACAUCCUCCAAAUUCACAGAAACUAUUUUUGCCAGGUUUCAGACUCUUAGCAGGUUUAGGCACCAACUCAAAAGAAAAAUAUUUUCUGCUUCUUACAGAAGUUGGGACAGUCUGGAAGUUCCUCCCAUCAUUUUUAAUAAACUUGAGGACAGGGGCUAGAAAUCUGAAUUUGUUCAAAGUAGUGGGAGAGAGGAUGGGAUUUUCCCUUAAAAGAAG